UCGCCCCCAAUCCUCCCUCCCCACAACGGCACUAGCCCAUCUACGCCAAACGGAAAAAGAAAAAAAAAAUCGCAGCUAGGCCUCUCCCGAAUCUUCUGGAACCUUCUCGAACCAGGAGGCGGAGGAGGAGCUGCUGCUGCCGCGGCUGCCAAUGCCGGUGGCGGGGAUCAGGAGGAGGAGGAGGAGGAGGGGGCGGUGGAUGUAGGGUGGGGGAGCGAUGGCGAGGUCGAGGCCUAGGGUUUGGCUCCUGGCGGGGUGCAGCGCCGUGCUGCUGUGGGCCUUCGUCGGGCAGCUCGUGGCCGUCGGACGCCUCCUCGCCUUGUUCGGCCUCGCCGGCGACGCGGAGCCCUCGCCUCCGCCCACCGCGCUUCCGCCUCGAAGAGUCUAUAAGAGUAAUGGUUAUCUGAAGGUAUCUUGCAAUGGGGGUUUGAAUCAGAUGCGUUCAGAGAUAUGUGACAUGGUGGCGGUUGCUCGCUUGCUAAACCUUACAAUGGUUGUCCCAGAACUAGACAAGAGGUCAUUCUGGGCUGAUCAAAGCAAUUUUGAAGAUAUAUUUGAUGUUAAACAUUUCAUUGACACAUUAAGAGAUGAAGUGCACAUUGUUAAACAGCUUCCGAAGAGGUUUGGUCCAGAGGAUUCAAACAAUAUACUUAAUAUGCCACCUGUGAGCUGGUCUGAUGAAAAAUAUUACUUGCAUCAGAUCUUACCAUUAUUCAGCAAAUAUAGCGUCAUCCAUUUUAACAAGACGGAUGCUCGGUUAGCAAACAAUGGUAUCAGUACACAGCUUCAACUACUUAGGUGCCGUGUUAAUUUUCAUGCACUGAAGUUCACCCCUCAAAUUGAGGCCUUGGGGAAUAAACUGGUGCAGAAACUUCAGGCCAAGGGAUCAUUUGCAGCCUUGCAUUUACGCUAUGAGAUGGACAUGCUGGCCUUUUCUGGUUGCAAUCAUGGUCUUUCUCAAGAAGAAGCUGAAGAGCUCAAAAGAAUGAGAUAUGCUUAUCCAUGGUGGAGAGAAAAGGAAAUUGAUUCACAAGCUAAGAGAUUGCAAGGGCUAUGCCCACUUACACCUGAGGAGACAUCUUUUAUUCUGAAAGCUCUGGGAUUUCAGAAGGACACUCUCAUAUACAUUGCUGCCGGUGAAAUUUAUGGGGGAGAAAAAAGAUUAGAACCAUUACAAGCUGCAUUUCCAAAACUUGUAAGAAAGGAGACGCUGCUAGACUUGGAAGCUCUACGACAAUUCCAGAACCAUUCUUCUCAGAUGGCUGCACUUGACUUCAUUGUAUCCACAGCCAGUGAUAUUUUCAUUCCUACUUAUGAUGGUAACAUGGCAAAACUUGUUGAAGGUCACCGGAGGUUCCUGGGUUUCAGGAGAAGUGUGCUACUAGACCGACAGAAAUUGGUUGGAUUUAUAGAUCUGUACAACAAUAAGACAAUCUCUUGGAACAAUUUUGCAUCUUCUGUCCAGGAAACUCAUAGAAAUCGUGUAGUUCAACCGUCCUGUCGGCAGAAACUUGAAAAUAAGCCAAAAGAAGAGGAUUACUUUUAUGCUAACCCACACGAAUGCCUGGCCAAUUCAAGAUUUUGCAGCCGAACCAAGGAUGCAAUCAGUGUAAGGUGAGCGUCAAGUCAAGUUGUAACCUCACCGAGCCAAGUUAUUAUGGCGACGUGCAGUGGACUGAAGCCAGCAGCACAGCAGGCAGAGUCCAUCUUGAUCGUUUAACCGGUUUUCCUGAUCUCCUGUUGUAUAGGUCAGCCUUUUCGCUUUGCGAUUGAUUGAUUCAUUUUUCACUUGCCGAAUGCAGAAUAUGAAUGCCCUUCUAAAGCAUGUAAAUUGGGCUGGUUGUUUACUGUUCGUGUUCAUGACAAUCAAUUAAUUCAUGAUGAUAGCCAAAGCAAAAUACAUGCUUUUCUAUGAAAAAAAAAUUCGCAAGUGUUGAUUUUUUUUUUUUGCCCCCUGACCAUUUUGGUAGUACUAUAUUUUCAACUGUCACAUUACCCAAUACUCCAGUGCGGAGCAUAUGUUUGUUACUGGGGCAAAAAGUAGUACUCUAAAAAUGCAUAUAUUUGUGGAUAAAUUUCAAAUGCUAGAAGUGUAAAUCAUUAUAGGAUUUGCUAAAGAACGAUAUUUAUUAUGAACAAUUUCGUGAGCACGGUAGUAUCACAUGACACUGAGAAUAUGUAGUAUAUCUUCGCGGACAGUGAGAAAAACGGUCGCCCUCCACGUUUUCUUCUUCCUUCAAUUUCUCCAAUAUAACGUACAGCUUGGCACAUAUCUGUACAAACCGCGGUACUGGUAAACAAAAACAACGUACACAGCAUACUACUUUAGGAUCCUCAUGCUGGUACAGCCACA